UAAUCCCCACAGGAUCUUGGCGAAGGGAGCUGCAAAAGUCUCAGGGGCCAUGAGAAAAUCUUCUUAUACAGGUGUGACACGUACUACUAGCGGGCGACUAAGGAAAUUGAGCAGCGAUGUGACAAGCCCAACAUUGAAAAGAUCCUUUGAGGUCGACGAGGUCGACCAGUCACCAAAUCCUCCUGUACAGCCCCGCAGAACUCCAAAUUCCCUCCUAAGAGGAGCUGCAGCUUCUGCUCAGAGGUUUCAGGAUCCAAGCUCCCGAAAUGCAGAAGGCCACCUAGGCAACCAGAGAUCCCCUAAAUCAUCACUAAGGCGGAUUGAGCUGUCAGGAUCUCGGCACCCUGAAACCAUGUCCAGAAGGACAGAAAUUUCCAUUGACAUCUCCUCCAAGCAAGUAGAGAACUCUGCUCCUGGUGUGCCCAGGUUUGGCCUGAAGAGGGCUGAGCUUCCUGGACACAAGCCCCCUGAACCAAUCCCAAGGAGAACAGAGGUCACAUUGGGGAAACCUCACGACCAUAGAGGGGACUCUCCCAACUCUAAAAUCCCAGAACCAGUUCAAAGAAGAGCAGAAGACACAAACUCCAAGAGAGUGGAAAUCCAGGUGCCCAAAUCCCCAGAGGUUCAGCCCAUCAAACAAGUGGAAAAUUCCAUACCAGCUACCACCGGGCUUUCUCAACAUCAGGAACCAAAAGUACAGCCUAUCCAGAUUGAUAUUCAGCAGAGAACCCCAGAAAUAAGCGAAGAUCUUCAGGGAUACCCAAGCACCAUGACGGACGCUAUUAGAGACAUCGGGGUGAAGCAGCCCCUCCCUACACGAGGGGUGGGAGAGAAGCCCGCCACAGAAUUUGGAUAUGUGGGUAUAGACGCUAUAUUGGAGCAGAUGAGGAAAAAGGCCAUGAAGCAGGGCUUCGAGCUGAACAUUAUGGUAGUGGGUCAGAGCGGACUGGGAAAAUCCACAUUAAUAAACACUCUCUUCAAAUCAAAAGUGAGCAGAAAAUCUGUGCAGCCGACAGCAGAAGAGCGCAUACCCAAAACCAUAGAGAUCAAAAGCGUUACUCAUGAAAUCGAGGAGAAAGGGGUGCGUAUGAAGCUGACGGUCAUAGACACUCCAGGCUUUGGGGAUCACAUCAAUAAUGAGAACUGCUGGAUGCCCAUCAUGAAGUUCAUCAACGACCAGUACGAGAAGUACCUGCAAGAGGAGGUCAAUAUCAAUCGCAAGAAACGCAUUCCAGAUUCCAGAGUCCAUUGCUGUAUUUACUUCAUCCCUGCCACAGGGCACUCACUGCGGCCCCUGGACAUCGAAUUCAUGAGACGUCUCAGUAAAGUAGUCAACAUUGUCCCUGUCAUUGCCAAAGCCGAUACUCUAACUCUAGAGGAAAGGGACUACUUUAAGCAGAGGAUUCGUGCUGACCUCCAGAACAACGGGAUAGAUAUCUACCCCCAGAAGGAGUUCGAUGAGGAUGCAGAGGACAGACUUGUGAAUGAGAAGAUCAGGGAAAUGAUUCCUUUUGCCGUGGUGGGAAGUGACCAGGAGUACCAGAUUAAUGGCAGGCGGAUACUGGGACGCAAGACCAAGUGGGGCACUAUUGAAGUGGAGAACACAGGCCAUUGUGAAUUUGCCUGUUUACGGGAUCUUCUUAUCAGAACACACAUGCAGAACAUUAAAGAUAUAACCAGUAGUAUCCACUUUGAGGCGUACCGUGUGAAGAGGCUUCAGGAGGGCAAUAUGAUGUCCAAUGGGACAACGGAAAAAGACUACUCAUCCAAUGAGAUGUAAACCUGCCCGUGGCACAUCACCUCUGCCAUCUUCUCGUCUUCUUUUUUUUUUCUCGUUUUUUUUUUUCGUGUCUGUCCUCUACUCCCAUUCUUGUGCCAUGGGGGGGAAAGCACCUGACAGCUGGAGUUGGCAGCCUAGUAAAUGUCAGGUUGUCUUUCUCUGCCCCCUUAUUAAGUCUGGUCAUUGUACUAGAAAAAGAAGGGGGAUUGAGGCAUAUUAUUAGAGUAUUAAGGGAGUACAGAAAGCAAAUGCAUUUCUUUGAGAUGUUUCAUGGACCCUUUUGCUUAUCUGUGUUUUGUGCCUCUAUGAAUGGAACAAAGAGAAUGCCAGGCAACCAUUGUAUUGCAGGUAAUGCCCCAGAUACUGACUUACUGUAUUGUUGAGAGGUGAUGGCACAGAUUUGUUUGUUUCGAUGGUGGACUGCAUCCGGGAGGGAUUUUUCUCCCACAAAAUUGCUUUGACAUUGCCAAACACGCAAGUGCCAGUUGUUGUAGAGAAAGUGACUGUAGAUGUUCAGGCUCCCUCCGUUUGGGAGAGAAGGUUGUUCUAUGUAGGAAGGAGACAAGAAUUGUACAAGAAGGUUAGGAAAGAGAAGAGGGUUUAUGGUUUUCAUAUCCGUCCAAGAUGGAUUCAUGUAUUCUUUAUUCACCUUCUAUACUUGUCUUUCCCCUUUAUCACCCCCACUCCGAGGGAUAGAAUAAAUAUAUCAGUAUAAGGGUUAACUUGUAUGUAUGUAUGUGUGUGUGUGUUACAUUCCGGGUGUUUACUGGAAGUCUAGGUAUAAUGGAGCCCCAUUUAGGGCAGGGCUCGACCAAAUGAUGAGCGCCCCUAUUUCCCCCUAUCUCCGAAUACGUGAGCCAUCCUAUUUAGCGCCCUACAUACACCCCCACCGAAACAUUCUUCAGCCUAAAGAGACGUGCAAAUAAUUUACUUGUCGAGUUGCUAUGUUCUAGCAAACUUUUAAAAAAAAAAAAAAAAUUAAAAACAAAAAAAACUAUAUUUACUGAAAGAUAUAUAUUUCCGAUGCUAUGGAUUAAGGUAUGAAGAGGCAGGAAAUU